AGGAUCAGUCCAACUGUUCACAGUGUAGUUGUAAUGGCAUAUGAAAGUGCCUUUUUACGGCUGCCACCCGAGGUGCUACAGUGCAUAUUGAGACACUGCAGCUGGCCAGAGCUUGUUAGUUUGAGCUCAACUUGUCACAAGUUGUACACGGCUGUGCAAGAUGAAGCUUUAUGGCGUCAUCUGGCUAAGACAGAAUACCAUGUCACAGAGCUCACAGGAAGAAUCAACAACACAUACAAAAAACUCUAUCAAAAUUUGCUCCAUCCAUAUGGCUGGAUGAUUGGACUAUACUGGUCAAAGAUUGACUACUUUGGAGGACUUCUAGAAAUUAAGUUGUGUGGUGACAGCAUUGUGGCAACAUCGCUGCGCAUCACUGAUGAAGGCGUGCUGGAAGAAAGCCCUUGCUUUGAAGUGAAUGCCACCUCCCUGCCUCCUGUUCAGCUCUGCUCCAUGAUAGAGCGUCCUCAUGCCACACACAUAUCCCUCAGUAAGGAUGGCGAGUCUCUCCGUCAGAAAUGUCAGUUCCACGACACCAAGUUUGCCCAGGGCUACUACAACUAUAACACACUUGAUGGUUUCCGGGCCAUGACCAUAAUAGAUGCUCACAGACUUGGUAUCGUCCAUCAGCCCCUCAGUGUGCCGCCCAUGUCAAGCAUUCCCCGCGAGCUGUGGAAUGCCGCGCCUAUGAGCAAUUCGCCGCCAGCUCCGAACACAAAGCAAUCACUGGACUCUCACGGAUCAACCAACGGUUGCGGUUUAGAUGCAUCUUCUCGAGUGCCUGGCGGCGUUUUUCAGAAGAGAGUAGAGGAUCACAGACGUGCCUCCAGCGACCCCAGAAGUAACGAUAACUAUUGCACGGGUGAGCGUAACCUCUCUGACGAUAACGACGCGUACGGUAGCAACAGCAAUGCUUGGCCUGGCGCACGACCGAGUCGGGCUGUAGGACGCUCGCCCUACUCCUCGAUGUCCCUAGGCGAGCGUUCUGGUGCUGGUCUCUCUGACUCCAGCGCUACGCCAUGUUCCAGCUCCAGGCAAAUCUCCUACUCUCACAGCCAAUCCAGCUCCAUCAGUGACGACAGCUUCCUAGGCGAAAACUUCAAGGAGACCACAGAUAAAAUAUUCGAAGGAAUCGUUCCUUUACGUGAGCAAAGUCAUCAGAAUGGCGCUAUUUUCGGUGCAGAAGCCAGUGGUAGCACGUCGACUCUAGUUUAUAAUCUUUUAGCAGAGCUUGGUAGGAAAACUGAUUAUGCUCUUAACAGUCGAGUGUUGGCAGCUGAGAUGGACGUAAGAGAAAAUAAUAACGGUGCAUUCGGGAGGCUAGGGAGCUUACACUCGUCACAUGACGAUCUUCUUGACGAGAGCUCCCUGAACGGCAGUCCAAGCAGUCGUGGCAACACCUUCUCCAAGAGCUCGACGAACGAUUCUAUCAGCACAGCAUCAAGCUCAUCUACUGAUAGCUCGGCAAUGGUGAGGGAGAAGAACGCGGCUGCGCAAUUCAAUGAAGCUGCAGCUACCCAACCCUCGUCUACCACUGGUUCAGGUGCUGAGGCGACUGCUAGCUGUGACGCAGGUGAGGCGAGUCCUUCCGUCUCCAGUCUACUAGGAGCCUCUCCGUUCUACCUUAACAGCGCAAUUGGAAGCUCAAGACAGGAACUUGCGCAGCUCUACAAAGAGACGCACUGCAACCCCUUCCCUGCUCACAGUGCCUCAGGGAACCUGCGUCGCUCUUCAAGCAGCGACCCGUGGUUAGACUCACGCAGGCGCGACGACUCAAGUACGCGACUCAGGGCUCAGGAGAACGUCUCAUCACCGGUGACGGCGCCCUCGCAACUGCUGCCCCACGUCCUAAAGCCUGGUCUCUACUGCGGCCACUACGGUCCUCACGGCUACGAGAUCGUCAUGCUCGAGUACAAGAUAAAAGAGAUCGUCCUCAUCAAGAUCCUGGGGGACCAGUACGUGCCCACGCGAGAGAUCACCGUCAAGAUCUGCCUGCCCUUCUCGUUCAGCCUGACGGCGAAGGAGCAGCGCACCAAAGGCUGCAAUGACCUCAUAAAGAUAGAGCCAGAGUCCAGCAAACUGCCGCUCAGCCACUGUCAGAAACAACCUUUUGUGCUGCCGCCCUUCUGUUCUCCUGGGGUCGAGACUAACAUUCCCUCCACAUGCUGGGCCAGGUAUCACGGCUUCGGACAACUCGCCAACCUCUUCCAUAGUCAACCCAAGUUUUCUCGUGUGCACGUGGUUGUGUUCAGCAACGAGGAAUUUGGUGUACUUUUCCUAUCCCUGAAGACGUUCAUGAUGUUCCGUCACAUCAAGCGAGACUUUCCUCAGCGACCGCUUACAAAUCGCCUGGAGAGAAAUGUUAUCAAAUGACGACGAGGAAGCCGAAGCAGGAGAAAUCGAUGCCAGCCUCCUUGACUGUGCUGUAAGAAUGUCAAGCGUAGAGUUGAAUUUGAUGCUUGUGUGAACUAUUUUUGAAGAACUACUUAAAUGAAGCGCACGCAUUCACGGUGCAAAUUAUGAUGUUGUAUGAAUCUGAAGUGGUGGAAGAAAAGGUUUAUUUAUCGCACAAAUAUGAUGUAUCAUCAAAACUCGUGGCCAUCGACGUUUCUAAGUUUAUGUAAAAAUGCAAAUUAAAAAAAUGAACUUCAAUUUUAGGUUCAAAAUUGCGAAUGCUCGAAACAACCAACGUCCCAUGGCAAUGUGUCGAGGUACGCAAGCAUAUUUUCUACUUUUUUUUUGCAGACGAGUGUUCACUGCAUUUAUCAAAAUGAUGUGUAGGAUUACUUUACUGACUUUUAACAUAACAUAAUACUUGCAUCUCUCGUUUGAGUAGGUCUCCUGUUGCUGUUUAGUCCAGCUGUUUGCUCAGCAGAUGCUGGCCUGACAUCUUUCACUUCGCCUAUUUGGUCAAACGUCAAAACUAAGGAAGUAUUAUAUUUAUUAUACAGCUGAAUAUUUUUGGCUCGCCUCUCAAAAAUUUACAUGUUCCAAUGUUGACAUCUUGGUGGAGUUUGUCUGAUUUGCGUUGCCGUUGCGUCAAGAGGCUGAAACGAAAUGCAAGGCUUGUCAGUUUUCCGGCAACCACUUUGUUGUGAAGGCGGUGAGAUUGUUCAAUAGUAGCGAGUUAAGUGGGCUUUGCAAAGGCUUUGUCGUGGCGACUAAAUGUUUGUGCUUUUCUCGGCUUGCGUUUACGUCUCACCUGCUAGACGACCUAACUGCUUAUCUUGGACGACAAUCCUGCUCAUGAUUCAGAACGAGAAGUAACCUUUAGACGUUAUCACCAUGCUUAAAUAUAAUUAAAAUCAAUAAGCUCUUAACGAAGAUACUUUUGCAUUUGCAUUUCAUUUUGUUGUCUUCCAUCAUGCCCAUAGAUCUGCUUAUACAACUACGGAAGGUAUCCGUCUGAGAUUGGUUUGGCGAGGGCUUAUGUUUUGAGUAGAUUAUCUUCAGUUCGGGAUUUGUUAAUCAGAUCGAGUAUCUCCCACUUAAGAUGUUCGUAGUCAAAUUUUAUCCGUAAUUCUUUUAUACCUGUUCUAUUUGUUGCAUAGUGACGGUAGUGCUUCUGGAUUUUUUCAAGUUGAGUUUUCAGUUCUUAGUCCUUUAUUUCAUAUUCAUUUCGCAUACAUUAUGCAUUUUUUAGGUGUUGAAUAUCCCAGAAAAUGAUUCCCUGGACUAUUUCUUGCAGAAAACUUGUUGGGUGUUGUUACUUCAGAGACCUGCACGCUUAACGAUGUAAUUAGACAAAAUAGAACAUAAAUAUUAAUUCAUUUGAAUCAGCAACCAUUUUAGAAUGUUGUUGAUGAGAGGGUCACUUAGUGGCCUCGGCAUCAUUUCUCGUGCUCAAUGGUACUCAGCCUGCAAGAGUCUUAAGUGUUGAUUGUAAACCCGCUAGAGUUAAGCGAUGUUGCCCUUGUCUCCUGCCUUGUGCCCCUGUUGUGUCGUAAUGCAGCGUUGCCGUACAUCACGAAAGCAAGCACGCGUGAAUAUUUGACCCAUGUUCAUCCCUAGUUUAGCGAGUAUGAAACCCAUGAGUAUGCUUGACCCCAUCUUACGCUUAUCAAACUGAACUGUAAACACAGACAGACAGAUCAGUAUAGCUUUAAAAGUAGAUUUAGAUAUUCGGUUAAACCCCUGUCUAGUCAUUGUUGUCUCAAGCUGUCGACAUUUGAGCCCCUAGAA